AUGAACCGCACCUCGAAGAACGAAGUUCAGUGGACCCGGAAGCAUUUUUCUCAGUCGAACGAGCGGCGAGUUUCCUUCGCCGAUGAGAGCGUCGCGACCAGCCCCGACGAAACCACCCGAAGCAACUCGCAGCCGUUCCCAUUGCGCCUUGCAGCCGUUCCCGGUGGCCUACCGCGGUCCUCGUCGACCGCCCGCCGCAUCUCGACUGGAGGCGGUUUCAGCCAGCGCACACAGAGCUACGGGCACGUCUUCGCGCCCAUGGAUUCCUCGAUGACCGCUCUGCUAGGUCUUCGGCCGACUCCGAGUUCGCUCGCUGGUGGACCAGCGAUGUCUCCCAGUGCCUACUCACUGCGAGGGAGUCCUUACUGGGUGCGCCUGCCGUUCGGAGGCAGCUGGUCGGACGCCUUCGAGCAGCCUUCCUCAGAGACGCGAUUGUUCAAAGAAGCGCCACCUGCAGAUGAGCGCGACAGUUCGGCGUUCCUCUGGCUGCGCAACAUCGGCGGCGGCAUGAUGGUGGCUGCGAUGCUGACCGUCGCGCUGACGCUGGCGCUGACCAUGGACCUGCAGGACUCGGACAUCAGGCCGUGGCCUAGCUCGCCACUAGCGGGCGGGAUAGAAAGUAUCGGCUCAAGCAGGGUCGCAGUCCCGCUGGGGCCGAGGAAUGUGCCGCUAGGAGGAAGAACAUCACAGGCGCACAACGUGACCAGGCAUCACCGACGUGCGGUUAGAGUCGAGCGCCGCCACAGGGCAUUGGGAGUGCAGCAACCCCGCCUACCGCAGCCUGAUGCCAAUAACCGUACGCGGCUGUCGCAACGGUGCCGGAGCCACUUCUAUAGCUACUGCCACCGCGGCCGGGACGAGGUCUACUACAGCGCCUCCUUGCGCGCCUGUGCCUCGACGGAGGCCGACAGCGUGCACGUCUGCAACCACGGCGCCAACAGGUUCACCAGCCUCGAGAGCUGCCUCGCCAGCUGCGUGAACGUCGGCAAUGGGAGGCCGCAGCAGCACUGCUACGAGUACGCCCUCUUCAGCACAUGCUCGUGGCAGGACGCACCGGAAACAUGGUGGUUCUUCGACGGCUCCCUCUGCAGCCAGUGGAACUUCCCCCGGGGCGAGUGUCCGCUACAAGACGGACGGGUGUUCCGCACGCGCCGGGAGUGCGACGCGGCAUGCGUGCAUCGGGAGCGAGACGACAGCGACGAACAACGCCGCUGCGACGCUCCCGACGCCGGCACUUGCACGCCGCGCCAGAUGCGGCACCCUUACUUCGCCGACAUGCGGACUGGCGGCCCGGCUCGCUGCGUCGUCGCGUCGAGCGGCGAACUCGUCAUGCACCGCUGCCUCGUCGGGUCGAACCGAUUCCACUCGAUGGCGAGCUGCGAACGCGCUUGCCUCGAGUUAUGACGGGCCGUAACGAAGUGGCCCGAGAUUCGUACGUUAUGUGUGACAUUAAAG